AAUAUGUCAAAAUUAUAAAAAUAUCCGAUUUUAGUUUACGACUUUGGAACAUCACUAACGCAAAGUACUUUUUCGUGGGGACUGUCGGAAUAUUAUAUUUUACAGAUUAAAUACGCUUUGAAUAUGCUAUCUCGCGUGGCUUUGCGUUCAGUAUUGGCCCGGCAGUCCGUUCCAACAGCCCUGGUUGCUCGUACCUCCAGCUCAGAAGUGUCUGGAGUGCGAGAUGAGAAGAACUUCCCCAGACCAGUCAGGGGUGAACCUGGCAAAGUCAGACUCGGAUUCAUUCCAGAAGAAUGGUUCCAAUUCUUCCAUUCAAAGACCGGUGUGACCGGACCAUACACGUUUGGAGUCGGUCUCAUGACCUACCUCUUCAGCAAGGAGAUCUAUGUCAUGGAGCAUGAGUACUACACCGGUCUGUCCAUCUUGGUCAUGGUAUAUUAUGGUACUACUAGGCUGGGGCCCAAAAUUGCAGCUUGGUUGGACAAGGAAGUUGACAAAAUCGAAACUGACCUGAACCAAGAUAGAGUAGACACCAUCAAGCAACUGGAAGAGGCCAUCGCUACAGAAAAGGACUCCCAGUGGAGGGCUCAGGGCCAAGAACUGCUCAUCCAGGCCAAAAAAGAGAAUGUUCUGCUGCAACUGGAGGCCGCUUAUAGGGAACGCCUCAUGAACACCUACCUGGAGGUCAAGCGCCGUCUAGACUUCCAGCUCGAAAAGGCUGUUCUAGAAAGGCGCUUCGAACAGAAGCACCUCGUCGACUGGGUUGUUACCAACGUCACUAAGGCCAUCACACCGGACCAGGAGAAGCAGACCCUCGACCGUUGCAUUGCGGACCUCGCCGCCCUUGCUAAUAAGUGAAAAGAAUGUUGUGUAAAAUAAAUAUUUAAUCGUGAUAGUUC